UGGCAGUAGCGAGCUCGUCCCGAUUGAUCAUAUAGUUGACUUGACCGGUCUGGAUUCUGAGCCCAAAAAGUCUACUCCUCUGCCUGCUAAGUUAGGGGAUCCAGCUCUUGCCAACAUGCCGAUCGACGAUCAGAUGUUUGUGGAGUUCUCCAACCUGGGGCCUCGAGCAAAAGGGAGGUAUCUGUUUGGCCAAAUACCAGGUUCCAUGUGGUGCAACAUGUCUUUGAAGGCUCCCCCCAGCCUCACCAACUUGACACACUGGUCCGACCUGGUGGAGGCAGGUCAUCUUGAGGCCCUUAAGGCUGGAGUUUAUUACCACCGAGCUGACAGGCUUUCCUGGUUGCUGAGCGGGAGAUGAUGCUUUUGUCUCGCGACCGAGAGGAGAGUCAGACUCUCCUCAAUGCCGCCCGUAAACUGAUUGCGGAUCUGCAGGACCGUGCCAGCAAGGGUGAGAAGGCGAUGGCCGAGCUGGCCGAUAUGGAGGAGAGGAUCCGCUGUCGCGAUUGGCAAAUCAAUGAUCUUAAGGCCAAAGUGAAGGUGGCUGAAACUGCCAGGAUGAAGUUCGAUAAGGCUGAUGGAGACAAUCCUCCCGUUCCUUAUACUGCCAAUGUCUCCAAGAUCACCAAACACGGGGUGAUCGACUAUCAACGACGUAAAUGGCUGAGUGUAGCCCGAGAAGAGACCGCUCGGUAGUUUCUGGGGCCACAUCUCGGUCAGUUCCUUCGUGCCAGCAGGGAACCUAUCGCGGCGGGAAUCAAUCUCUUGGACGAUACGCCGGAAGGAAAGGCCUUUUUAGAUGCUUUAACCGAGCAGACGGUGACAAAGAGCCAGGAUCUGCUGGUUGAUAAGAACCUUGAUCUGAUCAUGGAGCAUUUCCCCAAGCCGUUCGACCCUGAUGAGUUGGGGUUUCAUGACUUGUUUGGAAACACUUAUGAUCAGGUCUUGGAGAAGAGGAACAAAGUAGCUUCUCAGGAUUUGGCAUAGCCUGGUGGUUCUCAACCCG